AUGCGCUCGUUUACCUUCGCUGCCACAGCAAUUGCGACCAUCACCUCGUUCGCGUCUGCUGGCUCUCUUCCCUCAGAGAUCGCCACCAUUGGCGAGCCUUCACAGGUCUUAAAUGUGACCUUCAAAACCUCUACACAGCUGGUCGAGGUGCAAACCGGCCUUCUAUUGACCGCGAAUGGUAACAAUGAUCAUCGCAUCCUCGCUAUAACAAUACUAAAUAUAAUGGUAGAAACUAAGAGCAAGCCUGAGCCAAACCUGAAAAGUUCAGGUUCGGUGAUCAAGAAAGGCCAAAAAUACGUAUUCAUGAUGGUCGACCCAGAUACAAACACCACCGACCCCACAUCUGUCGCCCUUCACACCAUUGUGACAAACCUCACUCUCGCCAACUCCUCUGGAGAUAUUCUGGCCAAGUAUGUUGCGCCUGAGCCAUCUGGCACAGCACCACACAAUUACACGUUCCUCCUCUUCAAGCAACCGAACAACUUUACCGUUGCAUCGAUCUACGAUCCCUAUUUCCCACUAAAUCUGUCAGAUGUGUGGAACCGCGUCAACUUUCCCCUGCCCCAGUUCCUCAAUUCCACCGGGUUGGACAAGCCCGUGGCUGCAAAUUGGUUCCAGGAGAAAUCAGAGAGCAACUCCACUACUACUUCGGCAUCCGGUACCGCGACCGCCUCUAGUACUAGUGCGCAGACCGCCACUAGCAGCUCCAUGGCCAGCCCGGGGCUCUUGCGCGGAGAUAUGAUGGCGCUAUCUUCCAUAUUGGGCGCUAUUUGGAUUGCGAUAUAA